UACACGAGGCACGUGGAAUUUCUAUUUUGGUCUGCAGACUUGCAGAAAGAAGUCCAGAGAGUUACAUCUUAAUUAAACGAUCGUUGAUAGACAUUUAUGCGAAAAAUGGCUACAGAUGACUGGAAAAACCCUACAAUUCGGCAAAACUUCAUUGACACCAUUGAAGAAGCCAUACGGCAAUGGGGAAAUCCCACAACUAGGACCGCAAGCGAAAUGGAAAUUUAUUCGUUUGAAAGAGCCAGCACCAAAGAAGAUUAUUUGAAUUAUCACGUUUGGUUGAUGACCCAUAUACAAGGGCUAAGUACUGAACCAAAAACCAAGGUUACGCCAAGGGCUGAUGUUGCUGAAUCACAAACUAUUGCUCAAACAAGCGAUCCACAAGAAGAAGAGGACUGGAAAAGUUCAGAAUUUCGGCAGAAUGUCAUCGCUAAAAUUGAAGGAGCCAUGUGGAUAUCCGGAAAUCCUACCACAAAGUCCGCCUGUGAAAUGGAAAAUCAUUUCUUUGACAAGUCCAACAACAAAGAAGAGUAUUUGAAUCAUCUUUCCCGACUGCUAGUACAUAUAAAACAAUUGAGUGCUCAAUUUCAAGCUUUCAAAAAUAGAGCACAAGGUAUGUCAUCAGGAGUCGGUGCUGCUCAACCACAGGCCAAUGUCAAACCAAAAGUUCCGCCGCAACAAGGUACCAAAGAAAAAGCUAGAGGUUCUCCUGGAGUUGUUCUAGCGGUAUCAGUACCACAGCCUCCUCCGAAAAAUCAAGAACAAGAUGACGAAUGGAAAACAUUUCGAUUUCGCCAAAACGUUAUUACGAAAAUUGGAGAAGUCAUCCGACAAUCGGGGAAUCCCACAUCUAAAUCUGCUAGUGAUAUGGAAUUUCAUUUCUUUCAACGAUCCAACAAUAAAGAGGAAUAUCUACAAUAUCUUGCGCGGCUACUGGUUCAUAUUAAAGGGCUAACUAAUGUUGUAAUGGAUAGCCACUGAGAUUCUUAAUAUCGUUUGGUCUAUUACUUUAAAUUCACCUAAAGGCCUUGAAAACUGAAACCCCCCGCCCCUCAGGAACAGUAAUAUUACCUUAUUUAAUUUUUGUUAGUGUUAUUUUAUUUAGAUUUCGACAACCAUUUAAAAAAUCUAGUCUUCAUUUUUUACCGCUAGAUGUCUGAUACUCUGAUUGUGUUAUGUAUUAUUUAUCCCGCCACAGUGUGCACACCGGUGUCUCACGUGUAUGACUUUGUACAACAACUAAAUUAAUAUAUUCAGCAUCUUUGUA